AUGCCAGAAGCAGGCAAUCCGGCGCCACAGCCCCAAUUCAUUGCGGCCUUCAACUUUCGAAUUCAGAUGACAGGCGCCAUGAUUGACCUCGCUGGUGGUAUAGGGCCCGUGAUCUCGUUUGGACCUCACCAGCAUGAAACCAACAGGAACCAAAUUUGGUCUGUUUUCUCUGUACCAGGGAAAAACACGAUUCUUAUCAAGAGCGAGGCAAAUCAGCAGUGGCUGGUUGCCACUGGAUACUGCCAGCCAACUAGCACAGGCAAUUUGCAUUGGUCUGAUGAAAGUGCCCAGUGGAUUAUCCAGGGCGGAAAUAUUCAUAAUUUGGACAAUAACACCACUGUCUCGAUCUGGAACAAACAUUACACUGAUUGUGUUUUGGACCUUGAAGGAGGUAAUGGACCUGGCUCACCUAUCCUAGCUUAUAAGUAUCAUGGCGGUUCAAAUCAGAUUUUUAAGCUUUGGAAGCGGUGGUAA